CAGGGACACGACGAAGGUAGCAGACACACACUAACGGUGGCACGCAAUUUGCAUCUCUUCUGAACAACUAGACGUCGAAAACCUUGGUAUGGCUGAAACAAAAGGGAAAUUUGACUUCGCCAUUGACCGUGGAGGAACCUUCACUGAUGUCUUCGCCCAUUUGCCAGAUGGAAGGGAAAGGGUCCUCAAACUGCUCUCCCACGACCCUCAGAACUACAAAGAUGCUCCUACAGAGGGGAUUCGCAGGGUACUGGAGGAGGAAACAGGGCGCAGCUUCCCUCGGGACCAGCCCAUGGACACAUCUCUUAUUGGUUGGAUCAGGAUGGGAACCACAGUGGCCACUAACGCGUUACUGGAGCGGCAGGGGGAGAGGACUGCCUUGCUGGUGACCCGUGGAUUCCGGGAUCUCCUGCACAUCGGCACUCAGGCCCGACCAAGGCUUUUUGAUCUGGAGGUGUGUAUGCCCGAAGUGCUUUAUGAGGAAGUCAUUGAGGUGGAUGAGAGAGUUGUCCUAAGACGAGAUGGCUGCCAGCUGCCCAGAAAGGAACCUAAGCGCAUUGUUACAGGUAGUACAGGGGACAGCUUGGAGGUGUGGAAGGAACUGGAUCUGCAGCGUGUGGAGGAAGAGCUGAGGGGAGUUCUCUCCAGAGGCAUUACCAGUCUGGCAGUGCUGUUGCUACACUCCUACACCUGGUCUGCCCAUGAGAGGGCCAUUGGCUCGUUGGCACGGCGACUGGGCUUCACUCAAGUGUCUCUGUCCAGUGAGGUGAUGCCCAUGAUCAGGGCAGUGCCUCGUGGGUACACUGUCUGUGCGGACGCCUACCUCACUCCAAAAAUACGCCAGUAUUUACGUGGCUUCACUGCUGGUUUUAGGGGAGGCUUGAAGGAUGUGGAUGUGCUUUUCAUGCAGUCUGACGGGGGGCUCACUCCAAUGGAGCAGUUCUGUGGUUCUCGAGCGAUUCUUUCAGGCCCAGCGGGGGGUGUGGUUGGAUACGCAGUCACCUCCUACAACCCUGCUGAUAACAAACCCGUCAUUGGCUUUGAUAUGGGAGGCACUUCGACCGACGUGAGUCGUUAUGCAGGGCAGUAUGAGCACGUUUUUGAGGCCACGACCGCAGGGGUCACUCUGCAGGCCCCACAACUGGACAUUAACACUGUGGCAGCAGGAGGAGGCUCACGCCUUUUCUUCAGGUCUGGGAUGUUUGUAGUGGGACCAGAGUCGGCUGGAGCUCACCCUGGACCUGCCUGCUACAGGAAAGGGGGCCCUCUCACGGUCACCGAUGCCAACCUGGCGCUCGGCCGUCUGCUCCCCUCCUUCUUCCCACGGAUCUUUGGCCCGGGGGAGAACGAGCCUCUGUCCAUGGAGGAAACCAUGAAACGUUUCCAUCAGCUCACGCGUGAGAUCAACCACUUCCUUUCCACCAACCAAUCGCAUGGCAGCGCCAAUGGAGCCACCCAAUCGUACAGCAGUAUGCUCAAAGGUGGCAAGUCAGAGAUGAGCAUGGAAGAGGUUGCCAUGGGAUUCAUCCGAGUGGCCAAUGAGACCAUGUGUCGCCCUAUUAGAGCACUAACACAGGCGAAGGGUCAUGACACGUCUCAGCAUGUGUUAGCAUGUUUUGGAGGAGCAGGUGGCCAACAUGCCUGUGCCAUUGCACGAGCCCUUGGCAUGAAGACAGUCUUCAUACACAAGUACAGCGGUAUACUGUCAGCCUAUGGGCUUGCAUUGGCAGAUGUGGUGGAGGAAGUGCAGGAACCCUGCUCUCUGCAGUAUGAGCCCGGCUCUUUCUCCGAGCUGGACCGCAGAAUGGAACAGCUUUCCCAACGCUGCCAAGACACACUACGUACACGUGGCUUUAGCAGUUCUCAGAUUAAGACUGAAAUGUUCCUCCACAUGCGCUAUGAGGGGACAGACUGUGCUCUCAUGAUCAGUGCCGCAGGAUACCCCAGAAACGCUCAGUCCUGCCAAUAUGGAGACUUCCGCGGCGCCUUUACCAAGCGUUACCUAAAGGAGUUUGGCUUCACCAUCGCUGAUCGGCCCAUCAUGGUGGAUGACAUUAGGGUGCGAGGUUCUGGGAAGUCCGGGAUGAAGUCAGAAACUCAGACCAAACUAGGCCAUGGGCCGCCCAGACCCACCAAGGUGACCAAGUGUUACUUUGAGGAUGGUUACCUGGACACUAAUGUGUACUUGUGGGAGGAGCUGUCAUUUGACUAUGGUAUUCACGGACCCGCCAUCAUCAUUGAUAAGAACAGCACCGUACUGGUGGAACCAAACUGUGUGGCAAAGCUUACAGCAAGUGGUGAUGUGUGUAUCACCGUGGGAACAGAUACACAGUGUGUUCUGGGAACUGAACUCAACACAGUGCAGCUGUCAAUCUUCUCCCAUCGUUUCAUGAGCAUUGCAGAGCAGAUGGGUCGAGUGUUGCAGCGAACGUCCAUAUCCACAAACAUAAAAGAGCGAUUGGAUUUCUCCUGUGCUGUGUUUGGGCCUGAUGGGGGUCUUGUGUCCAAUGCCCCUCACAUUCCUGUUCACCUAGGGGCAAUGCAAGAGACAGUUCAAUACCAGUUAAAGGCACUGGGGAGCAGUCUGAAGGAUGGAGAUGUGAUUCUGAGUAAUCACCCCUGUGCAGGAGGCAGUCACCUCCCUGACCUCACAGUCAUCACUCCAGUAUUUCUGCAUGGUGUGAGUGGACCUGUGUUUUUUGUGGCCAGUAGAGGGCACCAUGCUGAUAUAGGAGGCAUUACGCCAGGUUCCAUGCCCCCUCAUUCCACCUCCCUACAGCAGGAGGGAGCUGUCUUCACCUCCUUUAAACUCGUUACUGGAGGAGUCUUCCAAGAAAAGGCUGUUACCGAUGCUCUCAUGGCACCUGCCCAGUACUCAGGAUGUUCUGGGACACGUAAUCUGCAUGACAACCUUUCUGAUCUUCGAGCUCAAGUGGCAGCCAAUCAGAGGGGGAGUCAGCUUGUGAAGGAGCUGAUUGACUGUUAUGGACUGGAUGUUGUCCAGGCCUAUAUGGGACACAUACAGAGCAAUGCAGAGCUUGCAGUAAGGGACAUGCUGAGAGACUUUGCCCGUCGCCGCCGGCAACAGACAGGCUCAUUGGAUGUGGAGGCGGAGGAUCACAUGGAUGAUGGAACACCAAUCAGACUAAGAGUCCAGAUAAAUGAAGAGGAGGGUAGUGCAGUGUUUGAUUUUACAGGCACAGGAACAGAGGUGUGGGGGAACUGUAAUGCUCCGCGAGCCAUAACACUCUCAGCUUUGAUAUACUGUCUGCGCUGCAUGGUGGGACAGGAUAUUCCUCUCAACCAGGGCUGCCUCACUCCCAUCAAAGUCAUCAUUCCUUCUGGAUCAAUCCUCCAGCCAUCCCAGAAUGCAGCAGUAGUGGGCGGUAACGUGCUGACAUCACAGAGAGUCGUCGAUGUGAUCUUCCGUGCGUUUGAAGUGUGUGCCGCCUCUCAGGGAUGUAUGAAUAACGUGUCUUUUGGGAGUGAGAAGAGUGGUUACUAUGAGACUGUUGCUGGGGGUGCAGGUGCGGGGCCAGGGUGGCAUGGGCGCAGUGGUGUUCACAGUCACAUGACCAACACACGGAUCACCGACCCAGAGAUUCUGGAAAAGAGGUAUCCAGUUAUUCUGGAGCAGUUUUCCCUCAGGCCCGGGUCAGGGGGUGCAGGGAAGUAUCGUGGGGGUGAUGGUGUGAAUCGAAAGCUCCGUUUCAGAAAUAAAGUAGUCCUGUCUGUCCUGACAGAGCGACGCUCAACACAGCCUUACGGUCUCCAUGGUGGGGAGAAUGGUGCUCCUGGUUUGAAUCUGUUACACAGGGCUGAUGGCAGAGUGCUCAAUUUGGGGGCCAAGACCACAGUUAGCCUGGAACCUGGGGACAUGUUCUGCCUAUACACACCCGGUGGAGGGGGUUAUGGGAAACAAGAAGAAGAGGAAGACGGGAGGGAGCGACCAUACAAACGCAGACGCCUGAACGAAGCCUUCGCCGAGAGGGGCAGCGUGUUUGAGUUCCGCCGCGCGCAAGAGAGUGUGUGAACUUCGAAGUAGACCCCACAUCUAAAUACACAAGGGAAAAAAAACCUCCUGUCUUUGAUUCUGUCUUCCAGAGCACUGAUAUACCAAUGACUUGAUAAAUGAAAAAAGACUAAAUGGAAGCACAGCCAUAUUGCGUAGCAGCUUUUGGAGUCUCUUUGAAGAUUAGUACUUUUGGAAGAAAAGAGUUGAAGGGGAAAGGAAGGGUUUUUUUGAGUACUGAACUAAAAAGGGAGAUAAA